UGGAGAAAGGCAACUGGGCUAAUUAAACAGCAUUUAUGUUGGGGAGGAGUAGACACGACCACCUGAGCGAGGGAGGAGGCAGGCAGUAGGACUUGGUUGGCUGUUGGAAUGUCUCUCGAGGUACAGCAUGUGUUUAAAAGAGAAAGAAGAGAGAAACGACAGGCUAUCACAGAUGGAAAAUGCUGACAGAUGAGUAGAGGAAAUGGGUGUCUCUCAGCAGAGGCUAAAACCUUCACCAGGAAGGCUCCAAUGCUACAAAACCGCGACGCAGACACCCAGGCGCGGUCGCGUAGCGCCGACCCGCUCCACGGCCGUACGGACAGUGCACAUUCGACUGCUGCCUGCACGGAACGCGGCUUCACGCAAACUGCAUGCACAGACUGGACAGACACGCAGGCCACACGUGCAUCCGGCGCAGACUCGCGGGGCGAUCUCCCAGCCGGCGCUCUGCUGCCCGGCGCAGCAGUACACUGCGCACAGCGACCACUCAGGCUGCACGUUCUACUGCUAUUUCUGCUACUGCUGUUACUGCUGCUGCCUCACGUUGCUGUCUUUUUCUCUUCUCCUUCUUCUGUCUCCACCCCCUAAUACUCCUCCCUCUGACUCCUCUGAUUUGUCUUCAAAUGCCAUGCGUCCUGCUCCCACCUCACCCCCGCCAUCAUCAAUUUCUUGUUUGGAUGAUCUUUCCUGCAUCUCUACUGAUGUCAACGUGACUUCUGCUGUUCAUCCCUGCUGCUGCCCUGUGCCGCCUCGACUCAUCCCUGGCGACUCUUUCUCACAUUCCCGUGUGUCACCUCCACAAUCUACUGACCAUAUCAUCUCUCACCAUGGCUCCAUUUUUGCAUCUUCUGUGGCCUCCUCUUCAUCUCACUCCUCCCUGACCUGUGAUUCCUUACGCUCUCUCCAUCAUCCCAUCCUCUGCUGGCCGUGGCCUUCUUCUCGGUCCCUUUCCUCCCUACUCCUCUGUCCUCCCAGCUUUGGGGAUCCCGUCUUAUCCUAUGCAUCCACUUUGGAGCACGUUCCCACUGGGCCAGCCCGGCCUCGGACGCUGUUGCGCCAGCAGAGUCUUCAGCAGCCUCUCAUCCAUCCGUCAGCCCCUGUUCUUAGCCAGCCUCCCACCACAUCCCAGAGCCUGGGACAGUUGCACACUGCACCUUGCCAACCUGGGGGAGGCGGGGUUGCUGGGAGAGGCGAGGGAGGUGGCACUAAUGCUGAGGGUGGGGGGACAAGUACACGAGGUGGCCCAAGGGCUGUACGUGGCGGCCCAGCGGGAGCAGGUGCCUCUCGCUACAGGGGAAGAGGAGCAGGAGGGCGUUCACGUGCCAGUCCUGGCAGUUGGGAUUACAUGAUGGACCAGAUCCGAAAUCGAGGCCUGGAUGUCAAGUCUUUCCUUGAAGGGAAGCUGGUGGUCCUGGCUUUGGCCAUCGGUGUGGCUGAGCAAGAUGACUUUGCCAAUAUCCCUGACCUGCAGGAAACAGCGCAGGCAGCACCAGCCAAUCAGGACCCUCCUCCUGAAACGAGGGGCAACAAGCCAGUUAAUAGCCCCAAGGGCCAACACUCUGAUGCUGAUGGCCACUCCUCAGUAACUGACCUGGCCAACUCUCUCACUGGAGACAUGGUGAUGCUUUCUCCGGGUUCAGAGGACGAUGACGGUGAAGGGCCUAUUAGUGAGAAGCUGGGUCGGAUCCAGUUCAGCAUCGGCUACAGCUUCCAGAACACAACCCUGACUGUCAAACUUCUCAGAGGCCAGGACCUCCCAGCCAAGGACUUCUCUGGUACCUCUGACCCCUUUGUCAAAAUCUACCUGCUGCCAGAUAAGAAGCAUAAGUUGGAGACAAAGGUCAAGAGGAAGAACCUCAACCCUCACUGGAAUGAAACCUUUUUGUUUGAAGGCUUCCCUUAUGAGAAGGUGAGGGAGCGCACCCUUUACCUUCAGGUGUUGGACUAUGACCGAUUCAGCAGGAACGACCCCAUUGGAGAGGUGUCAAUCCCUCUUAACAAGGUGGAGCUGGGCCAGAUAAAGACCUUCUGGAAGGAGCUCAAGCCCUGCAGUGAUGGCAGUGGGAGACGAGGAGACCUGCUGGUGUCUCUCUGCUAUAAUCCUACUGCUAACACCAUCACUGUGAACAUCAUCAAGGCGCGCAAUCUCAAAGCCAUGGAUAUUGGGGGCACCUCAGAUCCCUAUGUGAAGGUGUGGCUGAUGCACAAGGACAAGCGUGUUGAGAAGAAAAAGACAGUAGUGAUGAAACGCUGUUUGAACCCCAUCUUCAAUGAGUCCUUCCCCUUUGACGUGCCCGCCCAUGUGCUGAGGGAGACCACCAUCAUCAUCACUGUCAUGGACAAGGACAGGCUCAGCCGCAAUGACGUUAUUGGCAAGAUCUACCUAUCAUGGAAGAGUGGACCUGCAGAGGUGAAGCACUGGAAAGACAUGCUCGCUCGGCCGCGUACUAACGUGGCUCAGUGGCACGCUCUCAAAGCCUGAUGGCACCACCCACCUUCCUCCUCGACCCCUUCCAGUCUCCUCUUCCCCUCUCUGCCCAAUCCUGUCCUUAUGCACAAGACUGACUUGCUGCCAGGCUGCGAAACACGGGUACAAUUAGCCAUCUGCUCUCUUAAACCUUUAAAGUCUUUUCUCUUCUUUCAAAACUCUCUUAACUGUUCUCCAACUCUUCUCUCUUGUUCUGCUCCUCCUCAUACAGCUGUGUUUUAAUUUUUGACUUGUGCCACCUUGCCAAUCAUCCCCUUGUUUCUGACUGUCUGUUUGUAUGUCUGUCCUUAUGCACUUAGCCUGUGGAGGUCUGA